CAAAUUAUAUUUAUAUUAACUUUUAUUUUUUACAAAAAGGCGCUUAAGAACUUAGAUGCAUUCAAAUCCUUCUCGCGUUGGGCAAUGAAACAAAGAUCGAGAACGAAAGUUCUCUCAACAUCGACAGACGCAUUUGCCUAAUUUCAAAGUCAAAGUUGAAGAACUCCGAUGACACUUAAAUGCAAGAUUUUUUCUCAUAGCUUGGAAUAUCAGAGAGUUUCAUGUGUCUGCUGUCUGGUGGAACUCGUCCCUCUGACAUGGAAUGCACUUAAAAACCGGUCGAUACCCAUGGUUGUGUAUUAGUGCAAGUUUGUGCGGACUGGUGCUUGUCUUGGUUGAUAUCUUAGCUACAUCUGCCAUGCGUUCAGCCGUCAGUUCGCGCCAAGUCUUGGUUUUCGCGCUGGUUGCCAUUUCAUUUGGCCGAAUGCAUGCACAGGGUUGGCAGCGGCAAGUGUGCCCAAAGGUCACCGAGUAUAAGUCGUGGGAAGGUUGCCCGAUUGGGACUGGUAACGAGUGUACAUCGGAUGACGACUGCGCACGCGCAGGAACAAGGCAGGCUCAAAGAUGCUGCCCUUCCGAGUGUGGCGUCAAAUGCACUGCUCCAGUUGCCGCAACUAGCUGUCCUAUACCUAUCGAUCUUGCCAUGGUGUUAGACUCAUCAGGGAGCAUCGGUAAAAAAGAUUGGGUCAAGCUUUUAGAAUUCACAAAGAGUGUAGUGGACGCCUACUCCGUGUCAGAGGAGGCAACACACGUAGGAGUCAUAACGUACUCUACUGAGGCCACGCUCGACAUCGCAUUUGAUAAGUAUUCUGGCGUCGAAAUGAACUCGGUGAAUUUGAAGAAGGACAUUGAUAUCAUUCCACAAAAAAAUAAUUUGACAUUCAUGGACAAGGCGCUGGAGCUUGCUAACUCUGUACUGUUUACUGAAGCGAGAGGAAUGCGUCCAAACAAGAAACAGGUGUGCCUCUUUCUAACAGAUGGCAUCCAAACAUUCGAUCAGGGCCCCUAUACCAAACCCUCUAUAGUGUCGCAGAAGCUCAAGGAUCGCGGAAUUGACGUCUACACGGUAGGGGUGGGUGAUGAUGUUGACUUGUUCGAGCUGUUAAGCAUAUCCAGCGGUGACAAGUAUACAUACAGCGCAAAAAAUUUUGACGAACUGCAGGCAAAAGUGCAAGAGAUCCUGCAAGAACAGUGCACAGGCUGCAAAAACACCCUUGAUCUCGUCUUCGGUAUCCCCAAUUCACAAUCUCUCGGAUCCGAGAUCACUAACGUAAAACAAGUGAUGUCCCGAUUAGCGGGUCUCUUUGACGUCGCCAACUCCAAGGCGCACAUUGGCCUGGUCGCGUACGAUCAGGGGGCACACAUGGCGCUACCGCUGGACAAGGCAUAUAGCGUGGGCGCCGUUCAGCAAGCUAUCAACAAUCUCGCAACGAGCAAGAAGCACGGAUUUGAUACGGCUGCGGCGAUUAAAGUAGCCGCUGAUCACGCGUUUAGUAUGUUCGGGGGCGUCAGGCAGACACAACCGAAAGUAUUUGUUCUGUUUGCUCCAAGAGGGAGUACUAGUACAGCAGCGGAGAUCAAAGAAGCAGCAGAGAAGCUGAAAAAGAACGGGAUUCGACUGAUGGUGGUUGGGAUCGACAAUAGUGCCGACACCGCGACGUACUCGUCAGCCGUGACUCAACCCGCCAAGAGGUUCCUCAUGAAUACGAAGGACUAUGAUGACUUGAAUGCUGCCGUCUGGGAGAUCGCUGACACUGUAUGCAAAUCAGCAGUGACUCCUGGGAAGUGUCGGACCCCAGACGCUGGUGAUACUGGCGGAGCGCAGUGUGAGGUCGAUAAGGAUUGUGGGGUUGACCAGCUGUGCUGUGAUGACGGCUCAGGGAAGACAUCGUGUAAAACGGCGAUUAAGAAUUGUUUCGUUCCGUUCGAGAUGGCAAUCGCUAUGGACGCGUCCGAGACUGUCAGCCGCCAAGACUUCGUGCGAAUGAAAAGCUUUGUACGGGAUUUGAUGUGGCCGAACGCCAACUCCGAAAACAACAUUCAUUUUGGUUUAAUGACGUUUGCGGGUACAACCAAAAAGGUAACCGAAGGUUUCCGAAAGUUUCGAAGCGAACAAGAGCUGGACGAGCUCCUGGAUAAGAUAGAAAAGACUCAGGACCCACAAAGAAGAGUGGAUAAAACGUUCAAGUUUGCAAGUAAAGAAUUCUUCAGCAUGGAGGGGGGUACUCGGCACGGACACGAGCGGUACCUACUGGUGCUGGCUUCUGACGCAACAUCACCCGGAUCUGGAGACCUCAACGAAGCAGCUAAAGAUCUUGACUUACUGAACGUCAAACGUAUUGCCGUGGCCACUAACAGUGACGUACAGUCGACAUUCCUACGUGCGGUUGCAUCCGAUGAUAAGUACGUGUACCAGGCCAAAAGCACGGACGAGUUAGGGCAGGUUUCCACGCAAAUCAACCAGAUUUUGUGCAAAGAGAAACCCGGUAAGUGCAAGCCCGUGGAGUCACCUGUGGAUCCUGUAAUAUGUCGGGGCACUCUCCCUAACCCCUCACGCAUCCCAUGUGGCGACACGGCCAAAAAGUUUGGACAAAGCCAGCAAGAGAACGACUGGGACUGCCCCGGCGAGACGAAAUGCUGUCCGGACGAGACUGGCUGCUUUUCCUACUGCACGCAUCCCCCUCUGGCGUGCGACAAGCACCGAGACCUUCUUAUUAUGGUGGAAAAUACGGACGCUAUCGGCGACCAGCGAUCGUUCGGACUAGUCAAAGACUUUACUUCAAAACUAAUCGGAGCCUUCGAUAUCUCCCGUGAAAACACCCACGUUGCCGUGGGAACGUAUCGCAGUUCUGGUCGUAGCGUAGUUCGCUUUAACGACGCCGCUUCGAGUUCCAAGGAUUCUGUGCUGGCUCGGCUCGAGAGAGUGACGUUCCAAGGGGGAACUUAUGGCUUGACAAAAGCUGCGUUAUCGACAGCUAAUGACAUCUUUGACGCCAAAAAAGGCAUGCGACCGGGACAGAACAAGACUUUAGUAAUCAUCGGAACGGGACAUGUAGAUGAGCCACAGCAAGCCCGAGAACUUGCCCAAGACUUACGAUCCAAUAUGAUUGACAUCUUCGCCGUAACCAUUGGUGACGAUGCUAAUUACCGUGCCCUGAGGGAUGUGGUCUCCCGUGAGGCUGCUAAAAAUGUGUUUGCCGUUACUUCCGGUGACGCUUUAGUUGCUCAGCUGCGCGCGUUGGUGAACACUGUUUGUGAUGGCGCAUAUAAAGACCUUAUCAGCCCAAAAUUGUGUAGAAGAAAGCGUAAUUGAAGAUUUUACAAGCUCACCGUUGCAGCGCAGAUCAUGUUUUCCUAUCGUCGGAAAGCUAGACGAACUUUGCCAUUAUGUCAAAGUCAUUAUGUCCAAGGUUGAGUGACUGGAGUCUUAUUUUGGAGUCUGGAGUAUUCAUCUCAGCAUAACGAUUUUUUUUAGUAAUUUGAGUUAUUGUUCUUAUUGUCAAUAAAUGAUUGUUUUGUUGA